AUGUCAACCUCAAAUGCGGGUUUGCAAAUUUGUUUGAAUUCAGUGAACUUCUUAGGGCCCGUAACAAGCUUGAUUCUUUUUGACGAUGACAAGUAUCUUUGUGCCGCUCAAGGAUCAUUUUUACGAAUCUACUGCUUAGAUUUAGAGAAAGAUGCAAACACUUGCUGGAAGACACUGAAAAUACCUUUUCGAAAUCGAGUUCACGGCAUGCUGGCAUGUCGAGAUGGGUUACUCAUCUGGGGUGGUUACAAUUUAGGGAUGGUAGUCUGGAAUACUUGGGAAAUAUUUUGGACACGCACCCCAGACUGGAUUUUCAACGCGGUUGAGUUAAAUACUGAAAGUGAAUAUGCUGUUGUAACAUCGAAAAAUGAAGUUUUAAUAUAUUCUUAUUUACUAAGUAAGUGGAAGCUUUCUUCUACUAUUUCAUGUCAAGAUAGUCCUCUUUUAUUUUUUGCUGCUCUGCAAUUGACAGACGACUGUAUUACUGUUGCUUCUGCAUCAGCUUUUGGUGAAAUUUAUUUAUGGUCUUUUCCUAUCAAUGGUCAUCCAAGCGUUAUUAGUACGUAUGGUUCUUUGAAAGGACAUGAGGGUGCAUGCUUCGAUAUACGAUUCUCUGAUGAUGGACAGUACCUCAGUACCGUUUCCGAAGAUAGAACCGUCAGAUUAUGGGACUUAAAAAAAGAAGCUCCUCUACUUGCGACAGGAUUUGGCCAUACAGCACGUGUAUGGAAAUGCCGUUUUCUAUCAAAUUCUUCCUUGGUUAGCAUAUCGGAGGACCUAACUUUACGAAAAUGGGUAUAUGACGGCGUCAAAUUGGAUAAUACGGAAACAUUUACGGGUCAUCGUGGUAAGCAUAUAUGGUCUAUAGCUGCAUCUAAAAAACAAGAUUUACUUUUCACUGGAGGAAACGAUGGUGCUAUUCGUCAGUGGAAAAUUAAUAACGACACUGAUAUUUAUUCGUUUUACAUUUCUUCCAUUUUUAAAGGUGAUGUUUCUCUUUCGUCCUUUUGUUUCCUAAGUGCCAACAAAUUGCUAUGCCUUGCCAAAAACGGAGAAAUCAGUCUUCUCGAUAACAAAAUUUGGAAAUCAAGGCCCCCGUUUUCCCUGGAUUCUGAAGCAACAGCUUUAUGUUCUUGGGAAAACAAAUAUCUAGCAGCUUUAGGAACUAAAACCGGAUCCCUAGUAAUAUUCAAUUGUGAUAACCCUUCCGAUUGCUUUUCUAAAAAAGUCCAUACCGCUAAAAUACAGCAUUUAUAUGCAGCUUAUGAUAAUGAUUUCUAUUACCUUCUUUCUAAAGCCUUCAUUGGAAAAAAUGCCUAUGAGGUCUACCUUCAUCAGUUUUCUAUUGAAAACGGAAUUAUAAAAUUAAAUUUUUCAUUGAGGUUGGAUCUUCCAGCUACUUUUGAUCCAACUUGUCUCACGAUUAGCAAUGAUUUGGCUUUUAUUGGAUCUAGAAGUGGUUCCCUGUCUAUAUACAAAGUGGGACAUUCAACUUGUUUGUAUUGCUGGAGAAGAUUGCACGAGUUUGAUACCAUAUAUAACAUUAUACCUGAAAGUAAUAUGGACAACAGUAUGAGUCUAAAAACUGUUGGCAGGGACGGGUUUGUAAAUAUGUUUGUGUUAAAGUUCAAUCCAGGUUUUCAACUCCAAAAAGUUGCUUCAGAAAAGGCAAUUGAAGGAAUUUUAAGUGGGGGAACUCAAUUUAAAUUUCCAGACAAUGAUAAAAACCUAUGGAUUUGGGGUUUUCAUGCAUCAAAUUUCUUCUUGAAGAAUGAAACUACGGGAACUGAUGUAUACACAUUAGAAUGCGGCGGUUCCCACAGACCAUGGUCAUUUUCUAUCGACCACACGAAACAGGCUUUUGCAUUCUAUAAAUCCAACCAAAUAUAUGUAUGCGAUUCUUAUCGAAACUUACUACACUUUAACAAGGUUAUAAGAAAAGGGGGUCAUGGUCGAGAAAUUAGGGCGAUGAGUUUUAACCCAGAGGGUACUUUAAUUGUAUCUGGCGCAGAGGAUACAAAUAUCAUGUUAUCCAAAUUUGAGAAGGAAGGCCAAAUAGACGCACUGAAUAGCGUGAAAGUGCACAAUUCAGGGAUUCAAGCGCUUUGCUGGGCUAACGAUGAACUCUUGUUUUCCAGUGGAGGUUUGGAAGAACUAAAUGCGCUAAGGAUAGCACAUGGGCAAAUUGAAGGAUCAUCUACAGCUCAUAUCCUACAUGAAGCUACAUGCGCAAAAACGCUUACAAAGAAGAAAACGGAUGGAGAUUUGCGAAUCACUGAUGUAUCUACCACAAAGGCAGUAUCUUGGGGAGAAAAAGCUUGGUUAGUUAUGACUAUUCUUUCGGAUUCUUCCUCAAGAAUAUACCUGUACGAUGAGGAAAAACGUGAUUUCCGAUUUCUGAAAGAUUGGGAGUAUAAGAGUUGCUGUCUAGUUUCUGUCAAGCUUUUUGUUUACGAAACACAUGUAUUUUCAGUCAUAAGUGCUACGGAUGGGACCAUCACAGUAUGGGAUUUGCAUUCACAAGACAUUGAGAAAACCCCUCAAAGCAUCUGGUCUGCUAGCGUACACCAAUCUUGUGUCAAGUGUUUAGAUGUUCAUUUUAACGAUCGGACCGGAAACCUUUCUCUUCUUACAGGAGGCGACGAUGGAGCCGUCUGUCACAUAACAAUAAAAUUAAAUACCGACGCAAAGGAAGGAAUCGUAUACGUUGAAGAACUUGAAAAAUUUUCUUAUCCAGAAGCUCAUGCGUCUAGUGUAACAGGAGUACUCCAACUGCGAAAAGAUCUAUGUUUAUCCGCUUCCGUCGAUCAACGAAUAUUGGUUUGGGUAAAUUGGGAGGGAACAUGGUCAAUCCAUUCAGAACGUGGUACAUUUGUUGCUGAUGUGGGAGGCAUGUUUUCACAUAAGUCAACCUUAAUCGUCUUUGGUGUUGGAUACGAGGUUUACAAAAUCGAAAUCUAG